AUGGAAGGCAAUUCCAGCGCCGGAGUGUUUUCUCUUUCUCCCCAGUUUACCGCUGCUGACGUGACCGUCGUGGUGGCCUAUUUCAUUUUAAACUUGGUGGUGGGCCUGUGGUCUUCCUGUAGGGUCAACAGGAACACAGUGAGCGGUUACUUCCUGGCGGGGAAGAAUGUUGCUUGGUGGCCGAUCGGAGCGUCUCUGUUCGCCAGCAGUGAAGGAUCAGGCCUUUUCAUCGGGCUGGCUGGCUCUGGAGCUGCUGGGGGAAUAGCCGUGGCCGGCUUUGAGUGGAACGCUACCUACGUACUUCUGGUGUUGGCUUGGGUGUUUGUUCCCGUCUACAUGUCUUCGGAGAUUAUCACCAUGCCGGAAUAUCUCCAACGGCGGUUUGGCGGAGAGAGGAUCCGUGUGUACCUUUCGGUCCUGUCCCUGUUGCUGUCGGUCUUCACUAAGAUCUCGACAGACCUGUAUUCGGGAGCCCUCUUCGUUCAAGUGUGCCUGGGAUGGAACCUCUAUCUCUCCACCGUCUUGAUGCUGGCCAUCACGGCAAUUUAUACAAUUGCAGGUGGCUUGGCGGCGGUCAUCUACACAGAUGCUCUACAAACCUGCAUUAUGAUUGUUGGAGCGGUCAUCUUAGCAGUGAUGGCUUUCGACCGAAUCGGCGGCUACCACAACCUGGAGGAGGCCUACUUGAACGCCGUCCCCGCCACGAUUAUCCCCAACACCACCUGCCACCUGCCCAGGCCGGAUGCCCUACACCUUUUCCAGGAUGCCCGCUCGGACGACUUGCCCUGGACCGGCAUGACCUUUGGCCUCUCGGUUCUGGCCAUGUGGUAUUGGUGCACAGACCAGGUCAUUGUUCAAAGAUCUUUGUCUGCAAGAGACCUGAACCACGCCAAAGCCGGAUCCGUCCUCGCCAGCUACUUAAAAAUGCUGCCCAUGAUUGUCAUAAUCAUUCCCGGAAUGAUUAGCCGCAUCCUGUAUCCAGAUGCCGUUGGCUGUGUGGCCCCGGAUGAAUGUACUCGAGUGUGUGGGGCUGCGGUCGGAUGCUCCAACAUUGCUUACCCCACACUGGUAAUUAAACUGAUGCCUAGUGGUCUGCGGGGGUUAAUGAUUGCGGUCAUGAUGGCUGCUCUGAUGUCAUCGCUGACCUCGAUCUUCAACAGCAGCAGCACCCUCUUCACCAUGGACAUCUGGAAGAAGAUCCGACGCGAGGCUGGGGAGAAGGAACUGCUUCUGGUUGGAAGGAUAGUCACAGUCUUCUUGGUGGUUGUGAGUGUGGUCUGGAUUCCAAUCCUGCAGAACUCCAACAGCGGCCAACUGUACAUCUACAUCCAGUCCGUUACCAGCUACCUCGCGCCGCCUGUCACAGCCGUCUUCCUGCUGGCAGUUUUCUGGAAGCGGGCCAACGAGCAGGGGGCUUUCUGGGGCCUGAUGGUGGGGAUGGUGGUGGGCGUGACCCGGAUGGCCUUGGACUUCGCGCACCCCAAACCUCGCUGCGGCACCCCAGACGACCGCCCGUUCCUCGUGAAAGACGUCCACUACCUUCACUUUGCCGCCCUGCUGUGCCUGGUGUCUGCCGUCGUGGUGGUCGGAAUCAGUUUGCUGACCGGACCUCCAACCAAGUCCCAGAUCGAAAACAUGACCUGGUGGACGCUUCUUGUCAAAUCAGAAAUCCCCGCUGGGAAGACCUUCGAGGACCGUGCGCCAUCUCUCUUCUGGUCUCGAGUCUGUUCCGUCAACGCCAUUCUUUUGCUCUGCGUGAAUGUAUUUUUCUACGCUUAUUUUGCUUAAGGGUAGCAUUGGGUAAGGACGACAGGAAAAUUGGGGCGGGGAGCAGUGUAUAAAAGACAGAACCACCCUCUGAUGUUUGUGUGCGUUUAAUAAUACGUUUAAUAGUACGUUUCAACUUUUUGCAUUCAUUCAGGGGGGAAAAUGUUACAGGACGUUCGAUUAGGAAUGUUAGCGAUCUCUGCCUGGGAUAGAUUGUUGCUUACGUUACAAUCAUGAGGACUAUAAACUUUAUUGAACUAUGAACUGAAAACUGGAAGAAUUGGCUGUCCCAAUCAGCAGGCUGGGUCCUCCUUUGCCCAGGUGACCAGAAACCUCUUCUGAACAGCUCAGAUUUACCUGAGAGGUGACGUGGGGUAUAAUGGAGCUUGCAAUAUUGGCUAUGCUUCGUUCUGGCAAUCGAAGUCUAAAUGCUCAUUGCAGGUGGUUGGAAUUGAUGGCCCUUGGGGUCUCUUCCAACUCUAUGAU